AUGAUUCUAUUGCUUAAUCUAAUGAAAUCAGGCAAGCAUCGUCUCGAUGCUGCAAGGAGUUUCAGAUCAGAUGAGGCGCUCGAAGCCAUAGCCUAUGCGUUAGAAGAGAAAAUACCUAACGUAGUGCUAUACAACUAUCCUUCCUUCUCCGGCGCUUAUUCGGCUCUCUUCGCUCUCGCCUCCAUCUUGCUAAUUUCUUCCGUCGUACCCUUUAGAAUAAGUUCAGCGGAUCUCACUGCUUAUGGGAAUUCCCAUUUUCAAUCUCGGCUUAUUGAUGCAAAGAAACUGCUGAAGUUUAAUAAAGCUUUCAAGAUCAGAUUGGGAAGAGGGUUUUAUGGAGAGUGCCUGGGGAUGCGUGCAGAUGGUAAUCAUCAACUAAGUGAUGAACUUGGCAAGCAACUUAGUCUACAAAGUGCUGCAUCUGUUUUGAGGCCAAUCGGAGCUCUUACAUUCAUGCAAAGGAAUAAUCAUAAAAUGUGCUUGAGAAUUACAGACAAUAUAGUCGAUAUAUCUGAAAUUGCUAAGAAAAAGGCUUAUGGAGGUGUGGAACUUCUUGUUCAUGCUCGUUUAUCAUAUGAAUGGAUGAAUAUCAAUGGAUUUUGGAUAAUCCACAAUGAAAACACUGAUGGGACGAAUCUCAAAGUUAAUGUCUCUGAAAUUAGAAGCCACAGUCAAAUUCCAAUGACAAAUUUGGUAAUCACAAAGGGAUGA